CCCCCCCCCCCCCCCCCCCCGCAUGACCACUUGGCUGCUUCAUUACAACGCUUCAUUUUAAUCCUCCACCACGUAUAGAUUUCCACUUCCUUCACUGGAUUGUUCAUUUAGUGUCCCAUUCAGACGGUAAUGCAUACACCUCAAGAGUCUAAUUUACCAGUAAUCCAUGCUCCCUCAUUUAUCUGGGAUUCCGUGUCCAUUAGCGCCUCUUAUUCUUCACCUUGUUAUUUUUCAUGCAGUGCUCUGUGGACCAGACAUGGAUCAAGCACAAAAAAAACACCUUCUCUCUAGGGCCACAUGCGUAAAAACUGUGCUUCCAAGAGGUCAGUUUUGAAUUUUUUAUGACUUAGACACAAAAAAUUGUCCAAAAAUAUAACAUUUGUUGGACCAAAUUGUACCAGUUAAAUGCAUUAUUUAAUGUAAAGCAAUUUAAGGCAACCCUUGCCCUCAUUUUGCACAAAUCUUAGAGCCAAAAAAGGAAGUUAACGCAACAAAAAGUCCUGAAACAUUAAAUCAGCAUUUUUCCAAUCCUCUGUUUACCACAGCCCCGGACCGGACCGCAACAGAUUAAGUAGGGUUAUAUUAAUAAAUUGAAUAUUUUUGUAGUUCGAGCAUAGAAAAUGACUGGUUUAGAAAAUCUGGUUUAUUUAAUGCACACAAUUCAAGUUAUUCAAGUCCACCAGACUAUAAGUCACAGGACCAGACAAACUAUUAAAAAAGUUAUAGUCCAGAAAAUAUGGUAUUUGCUAAUAAACUAUAAAUUCUUGGUCCAUUAAAAGUGGUUGCAGCUUAUUAACGAUAUUUCCUAUGGGGUCAAGUUAUACAUGGCCAAAGCUAAAUAGCGACCUCAGGAUUUAAAAAUAGUAUCUUGAACUAGUCAAGCAUUUACAAGUGAUAUUGUAAAUGGUACCCAUGAAAUAAUAUUAUUAUGUGCAUGGAUUAGUAAUGCAAACUAAGAAUUUGAGAUUACUGCUUAAUAUUGAAUUGCAUCAUUUCAUCCUCGAAGAUGCCUGCCCACGCAUGUAAAUGUGUUGACACAUAUUUAUCAUUUAAAAGUGGUCAUGCUUGAGAAACAGAAGAAGAGCAGCCGUCACAGCACAGCCUCCACGAAGUGAAAAAGCAGCCAUAUUCAAAAGGUCAAGCACAGAAGCUGCUUGUCACCUGGUUUGUAGCAAGAACAGCCUUAAAGAUUGCUCCCGCUCUCUCGUGGGAUACUUUGUAGUGGAACCCAUUAUUACCCAUCCCUUUAUCCCACUCUCAAUUUACGACUAAGUGCUCUGAUGUGUUGCUCUGUACAUAUCUGUGUAGUGCUUCUGUUGAUGUCCCUGUGUUAGCAUAGCAUCGGGUUCUUACUGGGAAACCUCCACAGACGUCCUCCGUCUCCUGCUCCGUUCCAUUUUCUUAAAUUUUCACUUCCGUGCAGGAAAACCUCGACUAUAAUCAGAGUCCUUUCACAAACGUUACUCUGCUGCUCUAAACCUGCCGGCAUGCUGACCUCACCGACGCUUCCUCCGGUGCUGAGGUGGUGGAAAUAGGUGAGGGAAGCAGAGCUUUGGAAGAGCCCAGUGAGAAAGCAGAGUGGCGGCUUGCUGUGUGUCCCAUCAUGGAUCAAGGAGGAAAGAGUGAGGGCGUCUGAAGGUCACAACCCAGUAGCACUUUGGUUUGGCGUUCCAUGUUUUUUUUCAGCCUCUCCUGUUUUUUGGCCGAGCAGACUGUGAUCUUACUGGUUGUUGUCGUUCUCCUCCUCCCAUCAGUGUUACAGAGUGUGAUGGGCGGAUUGAGCCAUGGAGCUGAGCUCUGAUUUUGUUCCACAUUAAAGAAUCAUUUUUACUACUUUGGACUGCUGGGAUUCAUUGGCUUUGUUAAAACAGUGGCAUCUUCUAAUAUAGUUGUAAAUUGUCCUGAUCUAAUGGUAUUUUUUGGUUACCUGUCUAAACCAGUGAUUCUUAACUAAACUUGGGCCUCAAGCGCCACCUAUAGGGCCGCAAAAAAACUUGCCCGAAAACUGCGUAGACACCAUAUAUAGGCUAGCUGCUAUGCUACUGUAUGUUAUCCAUGAGAUGCUCAGUUGCAGUGCAGCUUCCGACCAAAUGGUGGCGGUAAUGUCUCAGUCAGUUGUUUAACAAGCUCAGAGGAAAAGAAGAAGACAUUCAACAACUACAACUAGCAAUGGAUACGUUUUUGAAACGUAAAAAUGAAGACAAAAGUGGUGCCAAUGUCAAUGGGACGCUCAGUUACAGUGCAGCUUCCGACCAGAUGGUGGCGGUAAUGUCUCAGUCAAAGUUGUUUAACAAGCUCACAGAAGAUCAGAAGAAGACAUUCAACAACAACAACAACCAGCAAUGGAUACGUUUUUGAAACGUAAAAAUGAAGACAAAAGCGGUGCCAGUCUCAAUGGAGGAAGGUUUUAGCUCGUUAAACUGUUCAAACCAGCACACUGCAUUUACACUCCAAUGCACGUGUCUCUGAAAGUCAUUGAAAAAGAUUUAGUCUUGUCAGUGAAAGUGCCCCAAUCAAGAAAUGUGACUUGCCACAGUCGUAUGAUCUCAAAGGGAGGAGCCUGAGAGUAUUGACUUGAGCUGUUAAGUGUAAGGACAAUGAGGAUGAGUGCCGGUGGCCAGCUGACGGAGAUGGGGAACAGGGUUUACACCUGGGAGGAGAUCCAGAGACACUGCAGCAGAAAUGAUCAGUGGUUGGUCAUUGAUCGAAAGGUUUACAACAUCACACAGUGGGCCAGGCGGCACCCUGGAGGUUUUCAGGUCAUCCACCAUUAUGCUGGAGAGGAUGCCACGGAUGCAUUCACUGCUUUUCAUUCCGAUAAGAAGUUUGUGCAACGCUUUCUGAAGCCACUGCUGGUUGGAGAGCUGGUGGAGACAGAGCCCAGUCAGGACAGACAGAAAAAUGCUACAGUCAUAAAGGACUUCCAGGCUUUACGUGCUCAAGCAGAGUACCAAGGUCUGUUUCAAGCCCAGCCCGUCUUCUUCCUAGCCCACCUGGUUCACAUCCUACUGCUGGAGAUCCUGGCCUGGAUGCUGGUGUGGUUCUGGGGCACCCGUUGGCCCCUAACACUGUUCUGUGCUGUCUUAUUGGCAAUUGCACAGUCCCAAGCAGGGUGGUUGCAGCAUGAUUUUGGUCACCUGUCUGUAUUCAAAAAGUCCACAUGGAAUCAUAUCGCCCACAAGUUUCUCAUUGGACACUUAAAGGGAGCUUCUGCAAACUGGUGGAAUCAUCGACAUUUCCAGCAUCAUGCUAAACCCAACGUCUUUAGCAAGGACCCUGAUGUCAACAUGCUGCGCAUCUUUGUUGUUGGAGCCACCCAGCCUGUGGAGUAUGGCACCAAAAAGAUCAAACGUAUGCCCUACAACCAUCAGCAUCAGUACUUUUUUCUGGUUGGACCGCCACUGUUAAUUCCAGUUUAUUUCCACAUUCAAAUAAUACAUGGUAUGAUAUCUCGACGUGACUGGGUGGAUAUGGCCUGGUCAGUGUCUUACUACCUUCGCUACUUCAGCUGUUAUGUUCCCCUUUAUGGUCUUCUGGGCUCAAUAGUGCUCAUCAUCUUUGUCAGGUUUCUGGAGAGCCACUGGUUUGUGUGGGUGACUCAGAUGAAUCACCUGCCAAUGGAUAUCGACCAUGAGAAGCAUCAGGACUGGCUCACCAUGCAGCUACAAGCCACCUGCAACAUUGAGAAGUCCUUCUUCAAUGACUGGUUCAGUGGACAUCUCAACUUCCAGAUUGAACACCAUCUUUUCCCAACAAUGCCGCGUCACAACUUCCACCGGGUGGCGCCGCUGGUGCAUGCUCUCUGUAAAAAACACAAGAUUCCUUACCAAGUGAAGUCCCUGAGGCAAGGCCUGGCUGAUGUCAUCAAGUCAUUGAAAACAUCGGGGGAACUCUGGCUUGAUGCGUAUCUUUAUAAAUGAUUGUGUUCUUGCAUUUAAGGAUAUGUGAUUGAUUUGCUCUUUGUAAAUUAUUAUUACUGUUCUGGUCAAAUCACAUUUUUUUUGCUGCCCAUACCAACAAAGAUAGCUAACAAGUUGCACAUGCUUAGCAGUACUCCUCUUGUCCUACUCCAUGGAACAACAAUUGAAUGUGACAAUUUUGCCACUAUAGUAAUCAACAAUCAAUAUAAUAUUGCAGCCCACUAAUGUAUUUUGAAUGAAUAUAAUGGGCUCUGUUCUUCAUCCUGAGCUUUUCAUAUACUUGUUCUGCUGUUUUUUGCAGCUUAUGUGACUGAUUCAAGUUGGAGACAAAAACAACAUAAUGCCACUUAUUGUUUGUAAAUAAUAAUAAUAUAAAUAAUAUAACAAUGUGGUUUGAAAAUUAUUUUAAAUACUGUUUAUAGUGUUAAAUGUGUGCCAUUAUUGUUAGUCUCUUAAAUGCAUUUUGUCUACCUUUAGUUAUACUAUUUAUUCAGUGAAAAACAUGAAGACUACUAUUUGGUAUCACACAUUUACCAACUUUUAAUCAGGUCAUUUUGCAUCAUAUGUACAGUCCAUUUAAUUCCAUCAUCUAAAAUGCCAGAACAAUGUAGUUUUGGGAAAAUGUACUUUGAUAUUUUGGUUCCCUAAAUACAACACAACAAUGAUAACAACCACAAUUUCACGAGAUUUUACACUCCAUUCAGAAUUGUUGUACAUUUCUCUGUGAUUAUGGACUUGAAAUUGGGUCACACCUGUCAACGCUUGGUUUACCGCUUUAUUCAUUUCCUGUAAAUUUCCCGUAUUUUAACUUUCACAAAAAACAAAAAGGGUAAUUGUGGCAACCCUGACCCUUCCUGUCCACUCCGCAACACUUGAACAACAUCGACGUAAUACAUCUUUAGUCAAUACUAAGUCAGAUUGUCAAAAGGGACGAUAAUAAUAAGAAGGAUGAUAAUAUUUCUGUUAGCAGUGUUUCAUGUAUUCCCACUGUAAACACUAAUAUUCAAAUCAUUGGCUACAUCGCAGAAAAUGUCAAACAUCCUGGCACAAAUUAUGCAACAAGCUCCUAUUUGCUUAACAGCUGCAAUAUUACUUCUCAGACAUGUUGAAUUGUGCAAGUGUAAACGUGAUGUACUGCUAUGUAAAUUGUUUGCAUGUUCAAAGUAAACUGUACCAUUAGCGAUAUGGACAAAAAAAAGCAUCAACAUGGACCACAAUGCCUCUACAAUCACAUACUGUACUGCACAUGCAUGUCCCACACACACACACACACACACACACAUAAAACUGUACAUAAGACAUUUGUUUGUCCACACACAUUGAAACAUUAGCGACAACAAAUUAGUUUGAAUACAUCCACUUUUGAGAGAUAGAAAAUAAAUAUACAAUUAAAAUGUGUACAACAUGUGAAUAUGCUUUGUUAUGUAUGUCCUAAUGCAGCAGAUUGAUUAUGAAAUUGUAAGGGAGGACGUUGUGAAGCUUCAGUCUGUGCUGCCUGAGUCAAUACGCUCCUGUCUGCGUUUCAUGAUCUCCUGAAGCUCAGAGUCCCCAUUCGUCUUCUGCAAAAAUGCCACAAUACAGUUAAGUAAUGGUGCAAAAUACUGUCAGCCACAAAAUCAUUCUGUAUCUUAGAGCUACUGUCGUUAGGAUUUUGCUCCACAAGAGGAAACAGCAAAUUACUGUACCAUUACUGUGUAAUUACUCUGAAAUUAAAAACAUCUUGUUUCAGCAUAGCACUCACUACCUCACUAAUGAUCAAAACAUUAUUUUGAAAAAUAUAU